AUGGUGGUCACUAAUAACCAGGAAGAUGGAGGAUAUGAUAGGUUCAAGGAGUUAAAGCUUCUUGAUGAAACAAAAGAAGGUGUGAAGGGUCUUGUUGAUGCUGGUUUGACUAAACUUCCAAAGAUCUUCAUUCACGACAACCUUACCACUUGUUCCUCUCAUCAUGUCAGUGCUAAUAUUCCAGUCAUUGACUUGGGAUCACUGCAUGAACAAGGUAACUCAUCAUCAAGGCAUCAUAUCAUUGAGAAAGUGAAAGAUGCAUGUGAAAAAUGGGGGUUCUUUCAAGUGGUCAAUCAUGACAUUCCAAAAAGUGUGUUAGAUGAAAUGCUUGAUGGAGUGCGUAGAUUUCAUGAGCAGGAUUCUGAGGCAAAGAAAGAAUUCUAUUCACGUGAUAUAUCAAAAAGAGUGUAUUUUUUGACCAACUUUGAUUUGUAUACAGCUCCAUCAGCUAAUUGGAGGGACACUCUUCAUUGUGCAUUAUCCCCUGCCCCUUUUGAUCCCAACCAACUUCCCUCUGUUUGCAGAGAUAUAACGAUGGAGUACUCAAACAAUGUGAAGAGAUUGGGACUAACUCUGUUUGAGUUGCUAUCCGAAGCAUUAGGCCUUAAGCCUAGUUACUUUAAGGAUAUAGAUUGUGCAGAAGGGCUUUUCAUGCUUGCCCAUUAUUUCCCAUCUUGCCCUCAGCCAGAACUCACCUUAGGGUCAAGUGGCCACUGGGAUACUAGCUUCCUUACGGUUCUUCUUCAAGAUCAAGUUGGUGGCCUUCAAAUCUUUCAUGAAAACCAGUGGAUUGAUAUCAAACCUGUCCCUGGUGCUUUGAUCAUCAAUGUGGGUGAUAUGAUGCAGCUAAUCACAAAUAAUAAAUUUGUGAGCUCUAAACAUAGAGUUUUGGCUCCUAAAAUAGGUCCACGAAUUUCAGUAGCAUGUUUCUUCAGACAAGAUCAUCCACCCGAGACUUUUAAGGUGUAUGGACCAAUAAAAGAGUUGUUGACUGAAGAGAAUCCUCCAAUCUACAAAAAUAUCACAGUAAAUGACUUGAUUACAUACCAAGAUUCCAUAGGGCUAAACGGUGUUUCAGCACUAGAACAUUUCAAGUUGUAAACUAUGAAGAAUUUGAGUAGAAAAUACAAUUGGCUGAUGCAAGUUAUGCAAAUCUGGUUUGGAGUGUG